AUGUAUCUGCACCAGCGGCACAAGACGCCAGUGCCGGAUCCGGAACGUGACGUCCCCGAGGAUGAUCAUGGCUCAACAGCCGAGGCGAUCCUACCCCUAGUUGGAGGAUGUCGGCGCCGCACGAGCUUGACAGUUACGAACGUAAAGCCCAGUGACGUGCGCAGUAUGCUCCAUCCGUUUCCGCCAAUCACCGCACCUCAUGCCUACUUAUUGACCGGAGGAAACAGAGACGUACUGGAAAAGAUAAAAUUGUCGGUAGCUGCAACACGCAACAUUGUCAUUUCGGUUCUCUGUGCUUGGCUGGACCUCAUUGCGCGAUAUUUGCCCGUGAUUGCCAUACAUGAUGAGGACUUGGCUCUGCGGUCUACUCCGCGAGCAACAGAGCCGGCUUUCGUCUGGAACGAAACUAAGAUUGCUUUCGGGGAUUCGUAUAGCUUCAUACAGGGCACCGCCGGGCUUCUCGGUUUCACCUUUAUCGGCUCAGGUCGAGCAGACCAGAUAGCUUUCACGCCAGAAGAGCUCUUGACCAACGAGAUACUGCAGAGCUAUACGGCAACGGCUGAGGGAGGGCCAAACUGGCUUGAGUUCCUUACGGGAUGUGGGCUCGAAAACGGUACUCUCCCUUCAACUUGCGAUGUCCAAUUGUGGGACUUCGCCUGUGCCGGCGCUGCUGUGUCUGAUGAGUACCUCCCUCGACAUGCCGACUAUGUCAACCCUUUGGUCAACCAAACGCAGCAAUAUUUGACGUACGCGGAGCCAGUCAUUGGUGUGGACAUGGACAAGUCUAAGGCCCUUGUGGCUAUCUGGAUAGGUAUCAACGACGUCGUGGACACGGUAAAUUCAUUGAGUGACAGCAUAGGGUACAAGGACUUUUGGAGUGAGAUCAUUUCUGCCAUCUUCUCGCAAUCGGUUCAGCCCAUGUACGAUGCCGGGUAUCGGGACUUUCUUCUCCUCAACCUGCCUCCCCUGGAUCGAACUAGCGCCAACCAGAAGUUGGUGCUUUCAAGGCCCAGCACGAGGGCGAUCAGAUACUGGAAUGAGAAGCUGGCCGGUCAGGCCGACGUUUUCGCGCAAGACAACUCGGGUGCGAACAUGAUGGUUUAUGAUGCCAACAUGUUCCUCAACGGAGUGAUGGAUGAUCCAGAGCCUUACGGUAUCACGAACACCCGCGAUUACUGUGAUGCUUGGGACGAACCGGACGUUGCCACUGACCCUGCUAAGUAUGGUUGUGAGCCUUUGGACCAGUACUUUUGGUUUAAUAGUGCCCAUCUGUAG